UUCGUCACCACCACCCGCAAACGGCGCAUCAUUCCCGCGCCUUCCUUCCCCAAACCCUAACCCGGACAGCCACACAGCGCGAUGCCCUUAUCCUCCUCUUCCCGCCGUCGCCGAGGCGGGCGCGGCGGACGACGCGGCCGUAAUGCGCCGACGGCGCCGGCGGCCGCGGAUGAGACGGAGACGAGGAACUGGGCGGAGCUGCCGCUGGACGCGAUCUCGGCCAUCCUCCACAAGCUCGACCACGUCGACAUCCUGAUGGGGGCGGGCCAGUUGUGCCGCUCCUGGCGCGGCGCCGCUCGCGACGAGCCCGAGCUGUGGCGCCGCAUCAACAUGCUAGGCCACGCCGACCUCGAGCACGAGCUCAACUUCCCCGGGAUGGCGCAGGCCGCCGUCCGCCGCAGCGCGGGGAGGUGCGAGGCGUUCUGGUGCGAGUACGCCGCCGACCACGACUUCCUCCUCUACCUCGCCGACCAGGCACCAUCUCUUAAGAGCCUUCGCCUCAUUUCUUGCUAUGAUGUUUUCGAUGAUGGACUCACUGAGGCGAUAAUGAAGUUCCCUUUGCUUCAGGAGCUCGAGCUUUCAGUGUGUCCAAAUGUGGAUGACAGUGGUGUCUUUGGGGUUAUCGGUAAAGCAUGCCCACAGCUGAAACGCUUCAGACUGUGUAAGGAUGUGUUCUUUGAUUAUGAAGCCAGUGAGCAGGAAAAGGACGAGGAAGCCCUGGGGAUUGCGACUAUGCACGAGCUACGCUCUUUGCAGCUGUUUGGCAAUAGCCUCACCAACAAAGGGCUGACAGCCAUCCUGGACAAUUGCCGACACCUGGAGUCCCUUGACAUCCGCCACUGUUUCAACGUCACCAUGGACGAUGCCCUGCGUGCAAAGUGUGCCAGGAUAAGCACACUGAGGCUUCCGAAUGACUCAACCGAUGACUACGACUUCAUUGUGAAGAGCCCUAUUUGGAGGAAUUCAGAGUCCUUUCUGGGUGAUUAUGUGGGAUCUGAUUCUGACUACGAGCUUGGCUCGGAUGAUUACGACGACUACUGCGAUCCUUCCCGCUACCUUGAUGGUGUGUAUGAGGACGAGCUUAAUGAUGAAGCGAGGAUGCUUCUCAGGGGCAUGCGUAUGCUUAUGAAGUGAGCUCCAUCGCGAUGUUGCGAUCAAAGUGGCCGGAUGUUCCUCAUUUCUUUUGCCAAAGUAUCUGCACUACGCUAGGCAUGGUCUGUACUUUGCCGCUUCUGUCAGUGCCGUGGAUCCGCUUCUGCGUUGACUUGCCCUAGAAUAUCGUAGGCUCCGUUUCGUGCUUUGUCCAGCCAUCUUACUAGUUGCUAGUAAAACAUGUGGUUUGUUGGGAGUCCUUUACCUUCUCAGUUUAGUUGAAGUCGCUGUGAAAUAUGCUCUGUAGUAAGCACUGGUUUGCUUAGUUGUAAAGAACUCAAUAUGUUGAUCGGUGCCUGUGCCUGUGCCUGUGGUGCAUACCACCCACGUUGCAGUUUCAGGACCUCGUAACUCUGUCAGGUGAUUUUGGUCA